CCUGGCCCCGGGUCGGCCCGGUGAGGAGAGAUAGAUUCGAACGGCCGCGCUCUCAGGUGUGUGCGCCGACGAACUCCGGUCUGCGCCGCCUCCGUGUAUCGGCGCGGUGGACGACGACCACUCGGACCCCUCCGGAACCCGCUUCGGACCUCUUCGGGUUAAAGUCCGGAUGUUCUCGUCGGUGCCGCGCUCUUGCAACAAAGAGCGGCCGGCGGCAAACGAGCAGGAGCCCGGCAUGUGACGAUGUGGGCGGCCGAAAACUACGCGCCGGGUCUGAUAGCGAUCAGCGAGAGCGCCGGCGAGAACCCGCUGCAGAGCCAGCGGCCGAAAUGGCGCCGCCUGUGCCGCUACCUUGGCGUGCUCGCGUUCCUCUCGGUGCUGGGCAUCGGGCUGUGCUUUGCCAUCGCGCUCACGUUCGCCCAGCCGCCCGGACACGCCUCGUGGGAGUACCUGCUCAUCUCGAGCCCCAUCGUGAUCCCCGGUCUUCUAGCGCUCUACUUGUGCACGCGCCGAUGCUGCGGACUCAUUCUCAACUUGGUGUUCGCCUUCCUCGCGCUGCUGUGCGGCGCCGUGCUCGUGGCCACCGAGACGCUAGCCUCCAUCGGCAUCAUGCUCACCAUCGUGGGCGGGCUCAUACUGGCCGUGAUCCUGGUGACGCUCGUGUACGACCGGGUCACCGGCCGCUCGUACGAUGACGACGACGACUACGAGGACGGCGAGCUGGGCAGCGGCGUCGUCGGCGUCACGGGCAGCGUACGCAACCGCAGCCUGAGGCGCCGCGCGGGUGACCUGCUCUUCGGGGACGACAUCUCCCAGAGGGCCUACCCCAACUGCGCGCCUCUGCGGCGCAGCUUCCGGCUCGCCUCGCAGAAGAAGAAGCACCACCCGCCCACCCAGGUGCAGUUUAUCGUACCCGAGCUGCCACCGCCUUCGUCGGGCUUGCAUUCGCGCAACAGUCCCGAGCACGGCGUGCACACUCAGGGGUCCUCGACCGCCGCCGCGGGAGGGGAGUGCCCCGCGACGCCUGAUGGCAUGCCGCGCGGCCAUCAUGAAGCCAGCGUCGCCAGUACCAGCGGGAGGCCCGGCGGAGCCUGCGAAACCGCGCACGUCUGUCCGCACGCACCGUCGCCGCAGCCCCAACUCGUGGCCAAUGAGCACACCUCCUGAGGACAGAACAGCCUCGUGAGCCAUGUGCGGACCUAACGAGACACUCGGUUCAGACACACACACAGCGUUCAUAGAUUCUCACCUCUUGCGCGCAGGACUCGAGCUGUGACGAAUUUCAGGGUCUUCUCUUAUUAACCUCUUGUGGCUCUUUCGCCGCUUGUGUGGUGCAAGGUGUUCGUGAGAUAAUUACUGUUCCUGUUGUGGAUGGUUGACUGCCUCGGGUCGCCUUGUUCACAUUUUUUCUUAAUGCAAGGCAAGCUCUGGUUGAUAGAACUCUAGUGCCGGUACAGGUCUUAAGGUAAGGUUAUAGAACGGAUAGCACAUUCUCUGAAAGGCGAGCCGACUGCUAACCUCGUUGGAGUCACGUUUAGAGCGUUGAAAUCACGCUUAUAGAUGCCGUUGUGGAUCACUUGUACCAAGGUUGUAAUCGUCCUCGGCGUAGCAUUUCUAGCUAUCUCACCGGCAUUGUACAGCACACCGCGUGGAGGUCAACAGCAAAGCCACAUUUCCGUUUUCUAAGCAGCUGCCGCUGCAGCUGUUUGAGCUCUAUGCGUAGUGCAGGGUUUCUAUGCUGUUGGUUGCCACGACGGCUUGCUGCGGCGAGGCACAAUCCAUGACCUGUGGAUCAGCACGGGCUAGUUAUUGCCACGCCACCGUUUCGUUUUGCUGAAGGCCAUCUCUUACAGACAGCAUGUACUCAAGCUGUUUUUAUAUGAUGUAAAUAGUCAGGUGCGAUUUCGGCAGUGUCACGUGGGAAGCCCGCACGGACUUUGAGAAGAGACGUAAUCUGGAGAUCACGUUACAUCUGUUAUCUUUUCUCUUUUAUUUCUCACUCGCUCAUUGUAUUUGGCGCAACCUUUGCCAAAAAUGUAGAGCACAAGUAGUGAACAGAAUUGUCGCCAGGCCUUGGUGAAGGUGGUGUCUAGCGGGCUAUCGAGCAUAACAGAGCAGUAUAACUUGAUCGCUCGAUUUAUCGAUAAAAAGUUCAUAAGAAUCGAUUGCGACGAGAAUUGGUACCUAGUAUGCUUGUGAUGAUACAAGAACGACAGAGCGAGACUUUAGGGUGUGACAACGGCGUAGCGUCGUACAGGACUCUACAAACAAAAAGACCGUGGAACAGUGUCUUGCCUAAAGAUACAACCUAUUAACCCCCACAGUUUCAGUAUCAUAGCCCGUAUAAGCUCUUACCCCACAAUGCCGAACAAAAAACGUAACUUCUUGCCACCUUAUGUCUCCCCGCUCUGCCACUUCGGCCACCGAGCAUUUACGAUUUUUCUUGGAAUGUCCCUUUACUCAAACCACUGUACGGUAUAGACGGAGGCAAGCAGUUUCGCCUGCAGCUCACGCUAAAUAGAGCGCGAUACGAUCAGUAUCCUCAAGAGCGUAAGAUGGAUCGGCCUGCGUUUGUAACGAAUUUGAAUGGGACCACCGAUUGAGUGCUUGAGACCCCUAUGUGUACAUUGCUUUGGAUCUCCUGAAG